ACCCCCUCCAUGUUCCUAGGCCACCCCCUAUGUCCCCCCCCCAUAACACCAGUGUGGAGCCAGGGAACCCUAAUUCCUCACCCAACCGUCUCCUGAUCCCCUCCAUGAUGCUGCGCCACCCCUGUGUCUCCCCCCACCAUGUCCCCUAUCAACCCUCAGCGCUUCCCCAUAUUCCCCGAUGUCCUCCAUGAACCUCCAGGACUGACCACCCGUGCAACAGGACCGUGUCCAUGUCCCCUUCCCGUGUUUAUGUGUGACCCCCAGACUCUCCUAUGGAGCCAUGAUACCCCAAAUUCCCCAUCUGACCCCUCCAUGCUCAGACCAGCCCUGUAUCCCCCUCCGACCCUGCUGUAUGCCCCCAACCCUUCCCAUAGACUCAGCCCACACGUGUCGUCCGCAGGCCCCGGAGUGCGUCCGGCGCCAGAAGCGCCGGGAACUGGACGCGCGACGCAGCAAGUGCCGCAUCCGCAUCGGGGGGCACUUGGAGCGCUGGUGCCGCCUCAAGGAGCAGCUUGGAUUCGCCCUGCAUUCCCAGUUGGCCCAGUUCCUCCUUGACAGGUACAGCUCUCAUGGCUGCGCCUGGAGCCCAGGUAGGUGCUUCCCUCCCAAUUCCAUGUUGGCAUCCAGUAGUUUGGGUCCGUAAGAAGUUCGUGGUGGAGAGGGAGGACUCCUGUUGAGUUGGGUUUUGGAGAAGCACCUGGAGUUUGCUCACUCCUCUGAGCACUAGGCAAAUCCUCUCUGUCUUCCCUGCUUUUGGCAUCCCCAGCUCUUUUUUGGGAAGCUAUUUGAGGGUUGCUUUUAACAAGGAGAACCCUAAGAGCCUGGGGAAGGUGGAGGGGGCAUUGCAGGUGUCCCACACACCCCCCUCCCCGUCCCCGUCCCC